AAUUUUGACUCGGACAUCAGCAGCGUGGGGAUAGAUGGGUGCUGGCAGGCUGACAGCCAGCGAAUCCUCAACGAGGUGAUGGUGGAGCACUUCUUUCGGCAGGGCAUGUUGGAUGUGGCUGAGGAGCUUUGUCAGGAAUCUGGUCUAUCAAUAGAUCAAAGUCAAAAAGAACCAUUUGUGGAGUUGAAUCGGAUAUUGGAAGCAUUAAAAGUUAGAGUUCUGAGACCUGCGUUAGAGUGGGCGGUAUCCAACAGAGAGAUGCUUAUGGCACAGAAUAGUUCGUUGGAAUUUAAACUGCACAGAUUAUAUUUCAUUAGUUUAUUGAUGGGUGGAACAGCAAAUCAAAGAGAAGCACUUCAGUAUGCGAAAAACUUCCAGCCGUUCGCCCUCAAUCAUCAGAAAGAUAUUCAGGUUUUGAUGGGUAGCCUGGUGUAUCUGCGGCAAGGUAUCGAGAACUCUCCGUACGUUCAUCUAUUGGAUGCAAACCAGUGGGCGGACAUCUGUGACAUCUUCACAAGAGAUGCCUGCGCUCUGCUGGGGCUCUCCGUUGAGUCACCUCUCAGUGUUAGUUUUUCAGCAGGUUGUGUAGCAUUACCAGCUCUAAUUAAUAUCAAGGCAGUUAUUGAACAAAGGCAGUGCACAGGUGUUUGGAACCAGAAGGAUGAACUACCGAUUGAAGUUGACCUUGGUAAAAAAUGCUGGUAUCAUUCAAUAUUUGCCUGUCCCAUUCUUCGUCAGCAAACGACAGAUAAUAAUCCACCUAUGAAAUUAGUCUGUGGUCAUAUUAUAUCAAGAGAUGCUUUGAAUAAAAUGUUUAAUGGCAGCAAAUUAAAAUGCCCCUAUUGUCCGAUGGAACAGAGCCCUGGAGAUGCCAAACAGAUAUUUUUCUGAAGAGAAGUUUCAUUAUGCAGUUUGUAAGUGACACUCUGGAUUUCAGGUGCAUUUCAGGAGAAUUAAAACACACUUGUUCCAUUUUAUGCAGCAGACUGAGGACUCCUAUGUUUGUAUAAGCUAAUGCUACAGAAACUUUGCCAACAUUUAGUAUAUACAUACCAAGUGGAAAUGCUACAGAAAUAUUAUUACCAUAGGGCUUUACUAUACUCUUGGUCUCCAUACCUGAUCAAGUUACUACACCAGCAGCUGUCAUUCAAUGCAGGUUUUUGUACUUAAUUAUAUGGUGACUUUUUACUUUUUAAAAGCAGAAAUUGAUCACCCCCAUUUGUUUAAUAUUCUUCCUGCUAUUAUUAUUCUAUCAUUUUAUUGAUAACUAUCACGUUAGAGGAUGUUUGUGGAAAAAGUUUUAUUUCCUGUAAUGUGUACAUAAUUAAAGGUAAAUACUUCAGAAAAAAAAAAAAAGUUUGAUAAAUUGAAUAGUGGUUAUAAAACUAAUUUGUAUUUUUUUUGCUGAAAAAGCUGUGAUAUAUUCUGAGUUUUUCUUUCAAGCAUUUUUUCAACUUUUACAUAGAAUUCAAAGUAAAUGUGCAUAUAUAUAAAGUAUAUAAAAAUAUAUAGCCCCAAGGGGCUACCUGUUAAAAUCCAUCACUAAUUUAUAAGGAUGGUGUGUGGCUAAAUUACUACUGGAGCAGAGAGGGAGUAGGGAAUCCUGUUCCUUUGGUUUCACAAUCGAGAAGUGUUUGUGCAAGAGAACAUUCAAUAAAUUCUGAAGUGGAAAUGCUUUUAGUCAAUGACAUUUGCUCUCUGGCCUUUGUAGUCAUGUUCUUUGAACUUUGUAUUCAGGAUUAGGCUAUAAAUGUCAUGUUGCUGUAUAGUUUAAUAGUCAUUAUAGUGUGCUAUUUAUAAACAGUUAUCAAAACCAAAAGAAUUGUAGAAGUAUUCAUUGUUAAUUGGGGGAUAAGCAUGUUCUGAUGCAACCUACUGAUCACAACUCUGCACUUGGCAGAACUGGGCCCUACAUCGUAUAUUAGAAGGUAGCAAGUUUUCUGUAGCUUGAGAACACUUUGCUUCUAGCCUUGUUUUUGUAGUAGACUAUUACUGCCAUUGCCACUUUUUCUGCUAAAUUUGUCAUAUCGUUGACUUAGGUAAAUUUGUACUCAUAAAGGAGACGUAGAUCAUGGCAGUUAAAUCUUUUCUAGUGUGCAUAUAUUUGUAUUUAUUGCACUGUCCUAUAGUAGGGCAAGCAGCCAUAAGGCAUGCAAAGCUACAUGUAAAAUUAUAUUUCUGUAUUGUGUAGUUUAAAAAAGAGGAAAACAAAGAAACCCCAGGCUUAUGUGGUUGAAUACUGACACACUGGUUGAAUGCACUAGCACAAUGCACUACAGAGAAGACCGUCUUUGAGAAAUCAACACCUUUUGAAUUUGUAUGUCACCUGACUUGAGAGACUUGAGUUGGACUCUAUUGGAUCAGUGACAAUGGACAUCCCUAAAGACACGUUAAGAGGAGCAAAGUCAAGGCACACGACUUUUAAACCUUAAAUGUGUUUGGUACAUGUGAAAAAUACAGGUGUGUGAUUUUUUUUUCUGCAAAACUUCAAUUGUAUUCACACUGAGUUCAAAACAACUGCGUUACCAAGUGGUAAAAUCAACAAUAAACGGGUGAGGAUAUUAUUUUCCAUGUA